UGUGAAAGACAGUUGGGAAGAUCUCUCGAUAGAGCGAGAAAGAACUGAGCACGUGAACCAAAAUAGUUAUGACAAACAUAUGGAAACGCUUGCACUGAAGGAAAGAGUUGAAACCUUGGAGAGUCAGAUAGCUGCACUUGAACAACAAUGCAGAAGAGAAGAAAAUGAAAAAGAAGAGUUCAGUGAGCAGGUAACAAACUUGCAACUUCAGCUCUCCCACUCUGAAGAAAGGGCAACUGGCUUGAGUGAAGAGCUUCAGCAGUAUCGAACUGACUAUCAGCAAAUUGUUUCUGAAUUGGAUAAACAGAAGACUAUAAAUAAGGAGAAAGAAGAAAAGAUUCUUCAACUAAAAAAGGAAGUAGAAGAUGCCAAACAAAAUAUAACUGAUAAAGUGUCACAAAUAAAAACAAUGCAGUCCAAAGUAGAUAAGCUAUGUAAAUCUCACUUAGAGUCUCAUGCUAUGGAUUUAGUUGAUCUAAAGGAUUCCUUAGAUUAUGAAAAAGAGGAAUCGGAGACAUCUCAAAUUAAUUCUAUGUAUAUGCAGUCCCAAACGACUUCUAUAGCAGAUCCAAGAUGGGAGAGCUCCUUUCACUACAGUGUUGAAAGCAUUUGGGAAGAAUGCAAAAGUAUUAUUAAGGCUUCCUCGCAGAAAAGUCAGCAGAUCAAAGAACUAGUUCAAGAAGUUGAAAACUUAAAGAAGGGACUCGAGGACAGUGAAAACUGUAAUAAUCAACUAAAAGUAAAACUAAGUGAGAUGACAAAACAAGAUAGUCAGUCCAUAAAGGAAAAGGCUCUUAUGGAUCAGUUAAAAGAGCAAAUCCAAAAGAAAACUCAAGAUUUUGAAAAACGGGCUGCAGAAGAUCAUAGAGUAAUUACACAAUUUGAGGAGGAAGUUACAAGUUACAAGGUAAAAAUAAGAGAACUUGAAUGCCUCUUAGAAGCUUUUCAAAAAAAAGAAGACAGCAUGACAAAGUUAGAAGAAAUACUUAAACAAAAGGAAUCUAUUAUUUUAAAUUUAGAAGCUAAUACAGUAGCUCUGCAAGAAAAAUGUGCUAAUUCAGACCAAAAAAUCAAAGAGUUAUAUAGUCAAGAAGCAAAUUUGAACGAAGAAGUUGUGCAGUUGACAAACAGCUUGGAGAAGAUGAAACUCUCUCUUUGGGAAAAGGAGAAAUAUGAAAACGAGAGAACACAGUCCAUAGAACUGCUAAAUAAAGAUCCCUUGGAUAGUUCUGCCCUUGUACAGAGUUUGAAAAAAGAUU